AUGUCUCAAUCAGCUGAGAGUCGGGAAACUACCCCCUCUCUGCGACCCCGCCAGAAACCUGGCGCCGCAUGUGAAGAGUGCCGACGACGGAAGUUGCGCUGUGAUCGUCGUCAACCACAAUGCGGACUAUGCGAAGCAUCCGGGGUCGAGUGCCAGGUCAUUACUGCAAGAUCUUCGCGUGGCCCUAAGCGCGGGUAUCUCAAGGUCUUACAGGCUCGCAUCGCUGCCCUUGAAGGAGUGUUGCUGCAACAGCAGGGUAUCAACAAUGUCAGUGAGCCGAGUGAUGAACACUCACUGGAUGUUCCCUUGCUGGACGAUCAAAUCGAUCUGUCCGGAUGGCAGUUGCCGAUGAUAGACGACGAGACUCCUUUACAUGACCUAUAUGAUUCAUCCAAGACGAGUAACAGCUCUUCAAGGACGGUCAUCACCGAUUCAGGGUCUGGACCGAAUCCGAUCCCCUCUCAAGAAAGAAACUCGAAUAUUUCAAUCGACCUGACAAUGCCUGAGCUUGCACCACGUACUAAAAUCGUGGAAAAUGUGGAUGACAUAAGUGAACCAAAGAUAUCCGAUCUGAUGCAAGCAGACCUUGAUCAAUUGUAUUUCGACCGGAUCCAUCAUUCCAUUCCCAUACAACAUCCGAGUCGCUACUUCUCCUGGCGCCGACAGCCGGUCAAAACAGAGGCUCAGUCGUGCUUGCAAUAUGCAAUCUGGACUCUUGGUGCUUCGGUAUCAGCGUUGUACGAGAAUAUUGGAGAUUCAUUAUAUCAAUACGCUCGGCGCGGACUAGAGGCACUGGACUCAGUGGACACGAGUUUGGCAUCCACAGAUCUCGAACAAGUUCAAGCGUGGCUCCUACUAGCCAUCCAUGAGUUUAUGACUGUCGACAUCCGACGCGGUUGGAUCAGUGCUGGACGAGCGUUUCGAUUGAUUCAACUCAACUGGUUACAUGGCACAGAUGGCUCGGAUCUGCUUCGAGGCCAGACAGACUGGAUUGAGUCAGAGCAAAAACGACGAACCUUCUGGAUGGCGUACUGCCUAGAUCAUUUCAUGAGUAUGCGAACGGGGUCACCGCCGACGUUCAGCGAGACAGUAGCCAUUCGCCUCCCCUGUCCUGAAGCCAAUUUUCAAAACGACCAGCCUAUCCUGAUGGGAUUUCUUUCCGACGCCCUCGCCCCCGACACUAUCAUCACGUCCACUUUUACAGAGUGCAUUAUUGUUGCAACAAUCAGCGGUCAAGCACUCUCACACCGAAAUCAGUGUCUUGUUGGUGACUUUUAUUUUAGUACCACCGAGGAUUUUUGGAAUCGCCAUCAGUGGAUCGACGGGAUUUUGACGCAACGUAUGGAAGCCUUCUCAGCCAAGUAUACCACCGACAUGCAACAAGCCGAUCCAAUGCUGCUUUUUAUUGGCCUCAUGUGGCAGACGAUCAUCUUACAUCUCUACCAAACAAUGACUUGCGCGGUGCCAUCAAACGAUGGGAAAAGAGACCUCAUCGCGGAAUACAAGAAGCGAUCAACCGUAGCAGCGCAGGAGAUCGUGGACUUGACAAAUAAGCUAUCGCAAGUAAACUCUUUGAAGGUACAUCCUUUGACGCUCAUUCCUCUUUCGCUCUGUGUGGAGUUUUUAAUGCUAUAUCACAAGCCUGGAGAUGCCCUCACGAAGCAACUUCAGGAUAUCACCGCAGCCAUGCGUGGUUUGAAGAGAUUCAACAAUCUUGGUCAGGGCGUUUUUCAGCUUUUUGAAGAUCACGUCAUUGCUCGGCCUGUUCAAGCUUCAACUGUUCAUUAG